AUGGCAUCCGCGCUGUUCUUUUUGGAUCUCAAGGGCAAGACCCUCCUUGCUCGAAACUAUCGUGGUGACCUUCCCAUGUCAGCAGUUGAAAAGUUCCCUGUACUCCUUUCAGAAGCUGAGGAAGACUCAUCUGCUGUUCCACCAUGCUUCUCCCAUGAGGGCAUCAACUAUCUUUACAUCCGCCACAACAAUCUCUACCUCCUCGCCCUUACAAAACGAAAUACAAAUGCCGCCGAGAUCCUCCUUUUCCUUCACAAGAUCGUCGAGGUCUUUACCGAGUACUUCAAAGCCCUAGAAGAAGAGUCUAUCCGCGACAACUUUGUUAUCAUCUACGAACUCCUCGACGAGAUGAUGGAUUUUGGUUAUCCUCAAACAACAGAAUCAAAGAUCCUCCAAGAGUACAUCACCCAGGAAUCCCACAAGCUCGAGAUCCAGGCCCGACCACCCAUUGCUGUUACAAACGCUGUGUCAUGGCGAUCAGAAGGUAUCCGAUACCGCAAGAACGAGGUCUUCCUUGACGUUGUUGAGUCGCUUAACCUGUUGGUUUCCGCAAACGGCAAUGUGCUUCGCUCAGAGAUUCUUGGCGCUAUUAAGAUGAAGUGCUACCUAAGUGGUAUGCCCGAGUUGCGCCUAGGCCUUAACGAUAAGGUCAUGUUUGAGACAACUGGCCGAGCUACUCGCGGCAAAGCUAUCGAGAUGGAAGAUGUCAAGUUCCACCAAUGUGUACGACUAUCACGUUUCGAGAACGACCGAACCAUCUCCUUUAUCCCCCCCGACGGCGAAUUCGAGCUCAUGUCUUACCGCCUCAACACCCAGGUUAAGCCUUUGAUUUGGGUUGAAUGUGUGGUGGAAUCUCAUUCAGGCUCCCGAAUCGAAUACAUGCUCAAAGCUCGAGCCCAGUUCAAGCGCCGCAGUACAGCCAACAAUGUCGAAAUCGUGGUUCCCGUACCUGACGACGCCGACAGCCCCCGGUUCCGGACAAACAUCGGUUCUGUUCACUACGCACCUGAGCAGAGUGCCAUUGUCUGGAAGAUUAAGCAAUUCGGUGGUGGCAAGGAGUUCCUCAUGCGUGCUGAGCUGGGCCUGCCUAGCGUGAGGGGUGAUGAUGAACAAGGUGGUGGUAUGAUGGGUGGUUUCGGUGGUAGUAUGGGAGGCGUUGGAGGAGUGGGCAAGGGUGCUAAGCGACCUAUCCAAGUCAAGUUUGAGAUUCCUUACUUUACCACAAGUGGUAUCCAGGUUCGGUACCUCAAAAUCACCGAGCCAAAGUUGCAAUAUCCUUCGCUUCCGUGGGUGCGAUACAUCACUCAGUCUGGCGACAUUGCCGUGCGACUUCCCGACGCAGUCUGA